AUGGGUAUAUCAUCUGCCAGCGGGCUACCAUUUGCAAGUCUUAGAUAUGACCUUAACGACACAUCUCAGUUGUCUUCCACACCACUGCAGGUCCUGUUCUACCUCAGCGGCUGGUAUUUUGCUGCCUGCUUCCUUGCUGAGGGUCUGAUGUUUGUUUACAAAGGUUUGUUGUAUUUCCAUCCACCAGCUAGUCUCACGUUGGACGUUGGGCUACUACUGGUCUUCCUUGGCCUGGAGUCCCUCUGAAUAUUUUACAGUUGGAAGGGGAACUUAACAGAGAGUUCUAUGGCCAUGUCAGUGAGUGUGCUGGUUCUGGUGCCGUGCACAGUGCUGUCUGGGUACUACCUGACGCUGCAGACCUUCGUCCUGCACCUGGAGUUCAUCCUUAAUGCUGUGUUACAGUGCUUCUACAGUCUGGAGAUGCUGCUGGGAAUCAUGUACAUAUCUGCUUUCUCCAGGUAG